GGCAACCCUACGUAUGCUCCAUGAUGUUGCUGAAAAUCUAUAUCACAUUGCAGUAAAAUCAAUUGGGACAUAUUCUAUAUUUACAUGGUAGUAAGACAAAUUAAUAUAAAAAAUGGCCAGUGUUAGUGAAGAAAGUACAUCCAAAGAAAGUUCUGAUAAGUUAGUGCCUAGUAAUAAUACGGGGCAAAUAGAAGCAACAGCGGAUGAUAAUGUUGAUAUCAAUGCACAAAUCGACGAGCAACGUCGUCAGAUGCAGCCAACUAAAUUGGAAUCAUUUUUUGCAAUAACUAAAUCAUUGAUAAUAAGGGCUUUAGUUGUUUAUUUUAUAACGUCAAUGUUUCGUCAACCAUCGGCGCCCAAAACUGAUGCUAAUAGUCCAGCCGGAGUUGCUCGUACUUCAGCCGUAAAUAUGUUUGCAAAUGGUACAGUAUUAGAUGUGUAUUCUUAUUUAUCAGAAAAAGAGUUCUUGGAUAACCUCGAAGAUAGUAAAUUAAUCUGGAAACUUUCUGGACUGGUUUAUGGAGAUUGGUAUGGAGGACCAAAUAAGGAUGGCACUUAUACAUUUUCAACAGAAUUUGUGCCUUCAGAGGAAUUAAAAAAUAAUGGUUCAAUAUAUCUACAUGUAUACAUAGUCCAAUCAGGAAAGUCCCCAGAUCCAAAAGAUAGUAAUAACUAUGCUGGACCUUACAUUACAUAUGGCAAGAAAAUGGUUAAUAAAUACAAAAAGUUGAAAUAUAUGAAAACUCACAACUUGUUAACCGGUCAAACUGAAAAAUCAGAGGAAGAAAUAAUAAAAGCAGAAACAUUAAAAGAAGAAAUUGUAUCGCAUUGGCAUCCAAAUUUAACAAUCAACAUAGUCACUGAUCAGACUAGUUGGAUGCAGGGUAGUGUACCUCCACCUCUAGAUGAGUUCAUCUAUUUCUUACCUGAUGGUAAGCAGUACAAGCCAGCUGUAUUUGUUAAUGAUUAUUGGAAUAUGAUGAGAGAUUAUAUGCCAUUAAAUAACACAGUCACUAAUCUUCAAUUACAAUUGACAUUUCAACCAUUAAGCCUUUUCAAAUGGCAACUCUAUACGACUCAGGCCAUGCGGGAUAAGUUAAGUAUGUUCUCAGCAUUAGGAGCAGAAGAACAAGACGAGGAACAGGAUACUAUAAAAGAAUUGCUGUUGGACACAUCACCCUACCUGCUGGGUUUGACAAUAACAGUUUCAAUUUUGCAUUCAAUUUUUGAGCUGUUAGCUUUUAAAAAUGAUAUUCAGUUCUGGAACAAUAGGCAGUCACUUGAAGGACUCUCUGUGAGAUCUGUAUUCUUCAAUGUUUUUCAGUCCACUGUUGUGCUUCUUUAUGUAUUAGAUAAUGAAACAAAUGUUAUGGUGAGAAUAUCAUGUUUCAUAGGCUUAUUGAUUGAAAUUUGGAAAAUUAACAAAGUAAUGGAUGUUAAAAUAAAUAGAGAAGACAGAAUACUUGGAAUACCAAAGCUGACAUUUACUGAUAAGGGAUCCUACGUGCAUUCCAGUACUAGAGAGUAUGACACCUUAGCAUUCCGGUACCUCAGCUGGGCUUGUUUCCCACUUCUGAUAGGUUAUGGAAUUUACUCAUUGCUUUACCAGGAACACAAAGGAUGGUACUCAUUUGUUCUUAAUAUGAUGUAUGGAUAUCUAUUGACUUUUGGAUUCAUAAUGAUGACACCGCAAUUAUUUAUUAAUUACAAAUUAAAGUCAGUUGCUCACUUACCGUGGCGCAUGAUGACAUACAAAUUCUUAAAUACAUUUAUUGAUGACAUCUUUGCAUUUGUUAUUAAAAUGCCCACCAUGUAUCGCAUUGGAUGUUUCAGAGAUGAUAUUGUCUUCUUUAUAUUCUUAUACCAGCGUUGGAUAUAUAAAGUUGAUCACAAGAGAGUUAACGAAUUUGGGUUCUCUGGGGAGAUGGAACAGCAAAAACAAUCUGAAAAUGGAAAUCUUGCAAUCACCGAAGGAGAACAACCUACUGAUAAGAAAAAUGAUUAAAUAGUAGUGAUUUUUAGCUAGUAUAAUUGAUAUAUUGCAUAAAAAGUGAAAAUAGUAUUCAUGGAUUGUAGCUGGCUUGUGAUCUUGCAAGAUUUUCAUAAGUCUGUUAAAUAUAAAUGUACAAAACACGAGCAUUUAAUAUAAUAAUUUCAUUGAGUUUCUUCCUUAUUCUCAUGUCAUAACCAUUGAUAUAUCUGUGUAUAAUUCAUAUAAAAAGACAUGCCACAUUAGGUAUCCUAAAUAAAAUGUUUUAAUAAAAAUUUGAAGGAUGAAUUUAAAAACUUAUAUUUAAAAUUUUACUAUGCAGCUUCUAUUUAUUUAUAUCUUAAUGUUACAAUUUAUUUAUUACAAUGCUGUCAAAAUGUAGAAAUAUCCUCCUGGAGAUUUGUUAAGAAAUUAUAAGCUCAAAUCUUGUGUGUUUAAUGAUAGUGGUUUACUUCUAAUGAUGUGUGAUAAUUGAAUGAAUACUUAUUAUAAAAAUUGUUUGUUGUAUUACUUCAGACAUUUAUUUAUUUUAGUAUCAUUUUGUAAUUUAUGCAUUAUUUUAUUCCAUGAGAAAUUAAUAAUUUACUGAAGUGAAAAUAGGUAUCAUUUAAACACAGUAAAUUAUGUAAAUAAUUUUCGCAGCAUGUAGAAAUCAAAUAAAGAGAGAAUUUUUUCAUAGUUUUUUCAGGCUUCUUCCACAAUAAAAAUAUUAAAUUCUGUCCUACAUUUAAAAAAAGAAGUUAUCGUCUUGAAUAAAUACUAAAACAAUUAUUUAGUACAAAGCAGCCAGCAGACCAUUGAUAGUAUUUUAUAUUUUGCAAAUAGUAUAAAGCAAUAUUAGGAUAAUAUAAAUUUUAUUACAUUAAAUUUCAUAGUUUCAUGUCUUAAUUUAGAAAAAUUGUAAGUUUCUCAAUUUAAGCAGAUAGUUUAUCAAUCAAUAAUAUUUUUUUAUUUUUUUUAAAAUAUAUUUAGAACAUAUCUAUUUCAUUUCUUAAUUAAGAUUAUUACUAUUGACAUAGAUUUCUAUCAUGAUUUUUAAAUUUAAAAAAAAAAAAAAACAAUUCAACUUAAACACCAGGUAGGUAUAUUUAUAUUAUACUUAACUAAAUAUUAUAUCACAAAUUUAUUGAAACAUUUUUUCAAAAUUUAUUGUUAAGUCUUUUUUUAUGAACAAACUGCUAGUCUGAAAUUCCUACUCUUAAAUGAGGCUAUUUCUGGUUAUAAUACUACUGAAAAGUUUUCAUAAUUGUAUAUUGUUUGUGACAUAAUUUUCAUGUACAUAUUGAUAUUAUAUAUCUUUAGAAAUCUGAGAAAUUAACGUAAAUUUUAACCAAAUGUGUAUUAUAAGUAAUCAAAAAUAACUGCAAAUUUCCAUAUCAUAAGAAUCGUUUCAAAACUUGAAACAUUUGCUAUUUGACUAAUCUGAAGAACUGAAAAUGGAUGUGCAGACUUGCAGUUUUUGUAUGAAGUGAAGUAUCCGCUAAUGGAAAUGUUAACCAUUUAACAUGUUAUUCUAAAUUACAAUUUUACUUAAAGUUUAAUAUAAAUUAUUUUAUUUUCAGGAUACACAUUUUGCAAUUCUUAUUCCUAUUAUUUAACAGUAUUUAUAAAUGAUAUCUGAAUAGUUCGUAAUUAAUUUAAUUUUUAAAUUUCUUGUUUGCGAUGUAUAUUAAAUUGUUGUUCGAA